AAAUAAUGAAUCCACAUGGGGUAUAGCACUUCAUGGUCCAAGACGGUUACUGGCGGUCAGUGCUAAUUCACACGAAAUCACAAUUUUCAACCUACAAUAUGGAUUACAACCAUCAGCGAAAUUCUCUGAUAAUCAGGAUAUGAGUAGCAAGCAAAAAUAUUCACUUCGUGUUCGUACUGAUCGUAUAUAUUCAGAAUCAGAAUCAGAGAGAGAUAAUAUGCCGACAGCUUUACGUUCUGUAACUCCUAAUAUUAGAUUUUUUCCUUUGGACACUGAAUAUGAUGAUGGAUAUGAUGAAAGCACAGAAAUAACAACUUUAGUUUAUAAUGAUUACGGAGCAAUCGAAACAAUUGAAACUGAAGAUGAGGAAAAUGAAUCUAGCUAUUCGGAUGCACAAGGAACGAAUCAUAAUAACGAAAACGUAUCAGAUGACUCAGAUCAUGAUCAUGGCUCGCAUACCCCGGUUCCGGAUGAUAUGUCCGAUGAUGAAUGGUCACCAAGCGCUGAGACUCGAGAUAUGUAUAGUAACAAUUUUAAUGUUCGAAACGGUGAUGAAAUAUCAUCCGAACGCACGGAGAACGAGAAUACUUCAACAUAUUCACCAAGACAUCCGUCACCCAUUGUCUAUGCUAGUCGUUUUCCGUCAACCUCGAUUGCUCAACAGACUUUACCGGAAAUUUACUUUUCCAAUAAUUCUCCAGCGUAUUCUCCAGCAACACCUCAAUAUAUGCAAGAACCAAGUUCUUCAACAACGUCUAGCCUUGGACAAAAUCUACCACAUACACCGCCGGCAGCUUACUCACCUCCACAGCCGAUGCCAUCGAUUAAUGACGUUUCCACAUCUCAGGAGCAAGUAACUGCAACAUUUUCGUCGUCGUCCUUUAAUUCUGAGCAUAUUAGACCGGAAUCUCCUGUUUAUUCUCCGAUGUCACCAGAAUAUUCACCAAUUAAUACGAACUACAAUCCAGAAUCACCGCAUUAUGAUCCGAUGUCACCCCAAUAUACACCCACAUCUCCAAGCUAUAAUCCAACUUAUGCACGUCCAAGAGCUCAAGAUUUUUUUGAUGAUAUUCCUGACAACUCAUAUGAAAAUGAACG